CGAUCUCAGUCGUCACCACCGCCCCCACACCACCUUACCGAGCUGGAUGCGGUCACCUGACUGGGCUCAAACAUGGCUGCGCUGAGAGCUCUGUUUCUUUGGGCGCCGGUAACAGGAGGUACUCCACGAAUGAGAACAUUGAAAAUGUGUUUGGCGUAACUCAUCCCUUAAUCUCCCUGCACUCUGUGCUGGGAAAAAUGAGUCAUCCCUUUGGAAAAGAGGAAGCUGCUUCCCAGAAACAGCUUUUUGGAUUUUUUUGUGAGUGCCUGCGGAGAGGAGACUGGGAGCUGGCACGGGCAUGCGUACCUCAACUGCACGAGGGACAAGGGGAUGUCCCCAAGAGGGUAGAAGACAUACUUCAGGCGCUGGUGGUGUGUCCAAAUCUGCUGAGGUGUGGCCAAGAUAUUAACCCUCAAAGAUUAGCAUGGUUCUGGCUUCUUGUAUUGGAAAAAUGGUUGGCCCAGGAAAAGAAAUUACUCCCAGUUUUUUUCCGAAGAAAGCUUGAGUUUCUUUUACUGUCUGAAGACCUCCAAGGUGACAUUCCAGAGAACAUCCUCAAGGAGCUGUAUGAGACCCUAGCACAAGGCGCAGUGGGCCCUGGCCCUGAUGGAAAGCAGAGGUGGGCGAGCCAGACGCCUCGGCUCAGCUGCGAAGCUGUCUCUGUGCUCUGGGACCUUCUGAGGCAGGCUCCCCAGCCAGCGCAGGCCCUGCUGGAGCUCCUGCUGGGGGAGGGUGACAGCACUGGCCUCUGGCACUGGCCUCUGCAGGAGGCACUGGUGGACCUCAUUCGCAAGGCACUGCGGACUUUGCGAGGCCCUGUCUCCGGGCCUCCUGGUGUGGUGGAUGCCAUCUAUGGAGCACUGCGGACUCUGCGCUGCCCUGCAGAGCCGCCCGGGGCUGAGUUGCGUCUCCUGUGCGAGGAACUACUGGAGGCCUGCAGGACCGAGGGGAGUCCCCUGCGGGAGGAGCAGCUGCUCAGCUGCCUGCUGCACAAGGCUGGUCGGGGCCUGGUGUCCCUGUACGGCCAUACGUAUGCGGAGAAGGUCACAGAGAAGCCACUGAGGACCACAGCCUCAGGAAAAGAUCAUGCAGAUCCCGAGCGGGUGAUGCUAGCUGUGUUCUCCAACCCUGACUCAGCGCAGGCUUGGAAAGUGACCUUUUUCUACUGCCUGAGCAACAGCAAGCACUUCCUCGAGCAGAUCCUGGUAACAGCACUAACACUGCUCAAAGAGGAGGACUUCCCAAGUCUUGGCUGCCUGUUGGAUAGAGAAUUCAGGCCUCUGCGUCACCUGCUCGUGCUCCUGGGCUGGACGCACUGCCAGAGCCUGGAGUCAGCCAGGCAGCUGCUGCAGACACUCCACGGGACCCAGGAGCAGGGCUGUGAUGAGCUCCUCAGGGAUGCCUGUGAGGGACUGAGUGCUCACCUGGAGGUCCUGGACUGGUGUGUACAGCAGAGCAGCAGCCCCAUACCAAAGAGAGAGCUCUUGUGUCAUUUGCAUGCUGGAGACAGCCACUCCGUGCUCUACUCUCUCCAUCACCUUACAAACCUUCCAGCCCUCAGGGAGGAGGAGGUUCUCAAACUCUUACAGAAGGUGCCAGCCAAGGACCUCCAGCAGGAGCCUGACUCCGCUGAUGCUCCACUUCCUGAGCACCAGAACCGGUGUCAGAACCUGACACUCUACCAGGGCUUCUGUGCCAUGAAGUAUGCCAUCUAUGCCCUUUGUGUGAACUCACACCAGCACUCCUCAUGCCAGGACUGCAAAGAUGGCCCCUCUGAGGACCUGGCUUCAGCCACGGAGCCAGCGAAUGACACCAUCUCUCCCCCAGGUGCCUCAAACCUGUUCUCAACAUACCUGGCCAGGUGUCAACAGUACCUGCGCAGCAUUCCUGACGUUCUGUGCCUGGAACUUCUAGAAAACAUAUUCUCAUUGCUGCUCAUCACCUCCACUGAUCUCCACCCAGAGCCUCACUUGCCUGAAGACUACGCCGAGGAUGAUGAUGUGGAGGGGAAGGGCCCCUUGGACUUGAGGUCCCCAUCAGAGAGCCCCCAGCACACAGGACAGCCCGAGAGGAAGUCGGAACGAGGUUCCCUGGGAGGCCCCAGGAGCCUUGCUUGCACGACACCAAGCUGUCUGAAGGCAGAGCCAAAAGACAGUCCCCCAGGGCCUCAGAGCCACAGCUUCCUGGACCUAAAGCACUUUACCAGUGGGCUCAGUGGGUUCCUAGCAGAUGAAUUUGCAAUAGGGGCCUUCCUCGGGCUUCUCCAGGAGCAGCUGGAUGAGAUCUGCAGUCACGGGCCCCCUGAGAAGCCAAAGAUGCCAGAAGGCCAGAGCUGCUCUGGAAGUAGAGAGGGACUGCAGGGCCGCCUGCACCGCUUCUCCAAGGUUCUCUCCGAGGCCCAGUGGAGAUACAAGGUGGUGACAAGCAACCUGGGCUCAGAGGAGCAACCUUCCCGAAGAUACCGGCCCAUUGCCACGCGGCACCCUAGUCUCCGCCGGGGUCGUCGGAUGAGGAGGAACCGGACAGAUGGCCGAGACCGAAGUUCCAACCCAUCCCUGGAAAGCACAAGCAGUGAGCUGAGCACCAGUACUUCAGAGGGAAGUCUGAGUGCUGCGAGUGGGCGGAAUGAGCUGGAAGGCCGGCUGCAGCCCCAACCUCAUAGUUCACUGCUCCCCAUGAUGUUCUCCUCGCCGGAGUCCCUGCUCGCCUCCUGCAUCCUUCGCGGGAACUUUGCAGAAGCCCGUCAGGUGGUGUUCAUGUUCAACCUGAAGUCCUCGCCCAGCUCGGGGGAACUGAUGUUCAUGGAGCGCUACCAGGAGGUGAUCCAGGAGCUGGCCCGGGUAGAACACAAGAUCGAAAACCACAGCUCAGAUGGCGGUAGCAGCACCAUUCGGAGAACUGGCAGUGGCCGCUCAACUCUGCAGGCCAUUGGUAGCGCGGCAGCCGCAGGGAUGGUAUUUUACUCCAUCUCUGAUGUGACCGACAAGCUGCUCAGCACCUCGGGAGACCCCAUCCCCACGCUCCAAGAGGACUUUUGGUUGAGCACCACUCUGUUGGAGCCCAGUGCUCCCCUGAGAGAGGUGCUGGAGGAUCUCAGCCCCCCCGCCAUGGCUGCCUUUGACCUGGCUUGCUGUCAGUGCCAGCUCUGGAAAACCUGCAAGCAGCUCUUGGAAACAGCCGAGCGGCGCCUGAACAGCAGCCUCGAGAGCCGGGGCCGACGGCCAGACCAUGUUCUCAACGUGGAUGGCAUUCGAGGUUUUCCACUUGUCCUUCAGCACAUCAGUAAGAUUCUCAACUACCCACUUGUGUCAGCUGGACAAGCUAAGUCAGAGAGCCCAGAAGAAAAAGGAGGAGGCCCUCCACGGCACAGCAUCAUGGAACUGCUUCAGAUGUGCUGGCCCAGCCUCACUGAGGACUGUGUUGCCAGCCACGCCACCAUGUCCCAGCAGCUGGAUCAGGGCCUACAGUCACUGCGAGAGGCGCUAGAGCUGCCAGAGCCCAGGGGUACUCCACUCUCUUCCCUGGUGGAGCAGGCAGCCCAAAAAGCUUCUGAAGCCGAGGCCCACCCUGUGCGUGUCCAGACUCAGCUCCUCCAGAAAAACCUGGGCAAACAGACCCAAGCAGGCAGCAGACAGACUGACUACAUGGGCACCUUCUUCAGUUACUGCAGCACCCUGGCUGCCGUUCUCCUGCGGAGUUUGAGCUCUGAGCCUGGUCACGUGGAGGUCAAGGUAGGAAAUCCCUUUGUUCUCCUACAACAGAGCUCCUCCCAGUUGGUGUCACAUCUCCUGCUCGAAAGACAAGUUCCCCCAAACAGGCUGGCUGCCCUUCUGGCCGGAGAAGGUCUUGGCCUAAGUGUGCCGCAGGUCAUCCUCAGCUGCUGCUGCGAGCCCCUCGCUCUUUGCUCUUCCCUGCAAAGCCAGCAGACGUCAUCCCUCCUGGCCCACCUGGGCGUCCUGGCCCAGCAGCACACCUCCCGUUGCCUGGGUGAUCUCCCGCUGCCCACACCGAGCUCCCCGAAGCCAGCCGAGAACCCCCCAUUGGAGAGAAAGCCUCACUCUUCCCCAAAGGAUUCUUCACCCUCAGCUCUCACCUCCUCCACUUUGGCCUUCCUUAAGUCCCGCUCAAAGCUCCUGGCGACGGUGGCCUGCCUGGGGGCCUCCCGGGGGUUAAAGGUCACCAAGCCCACCUUGUCCUGGAAGGAACUUCGCGGCCGCAGGGAGGUGCCUCUGACCGCAGAGCAGGUCGCCCGAGAGUGUGAGCACCUUCUGGAACAGUUCCCUAUGCUGGAGGCCGCACUCCUGGUCACCUGGGAGCCCCUACGAGGGUCCUCUGAGCAGGGACAGCGUCUGGCAGCGAGUCUCUGUGGUCGGCCCAGUCUCUCUCCUGUCCUCCUGGGCCUGCAUUCUCCCCUUGCCCUGGAUGUACUCACUGAAGCCUUCCAGGAAGCCCUGGUGGCCAGAGACUGGCCCCGGGCCCUGCGGCUCACGGAAGUGUAUGGGCGAGACUCGGACGACCUGAGCAGCAUCGAGGAUGCCGUGCUGAGCUGUGCCGCGGCCUGUGAAAAAGAAGGUUGGCAUUAUCUGUUUGCUGUGAAGGACGCAGCUCUGAGAAGUCGGCUGGCCCUCCUGUUUGUGGACAGGUGGCCUCUGGACUUCUGCCUGGAGAUCCUGGCCUACUGCAUCUCAGACACAGCUGUUGAAGAGGGACUGAAGUGUGAGCUGCAGAGGAAGCUGGCGGAGCUGCGCGUGUAUCAGAAGAUUCUGGGUUUGCAGACUCCCCCAGCAUGGUGUGACUGGCAGGCCUUGAGGAGCUGCUGUGUGGAGGACCCGUCCGCUGUCAUGAACACGAUCCUGGAAGCGCAGGACUAUGAACUGUGUGAGGAGUGGGGCCACCUGUACCCCAUUCCGAGAGAACAUUUAAUCAGCCUCCAUCAGAAGCACCUUCUCCACCUUCUAGAACGAAGAGAUCAUGAAAAGGCUCUACAACUCCUGCAGAGAAUCCCUGACCCCACCAUGUGCCUUGAAGUCACAGAGCAGUCCCUCGACCAGCACCCUAGCUUGGCCACUUCCCACUUCUUGGCCAACUACCUCACCACCCACUUCUAUGGACAACUGACUGCCACGCGACACCGUGAAAUCCAGGCGCUGUACAUAGGCUCCAAGGUUCUGCUGACCCUGCCUGAGCAGCACCAGGCCAGCUAUUCCCACUUGUCCUCUAACCCCCUGCUCAUGCUAGAGCAGCUGCUUAUGAACAUGAAAGUGGAUUGGGCCACCGAGGCGGUGCAGACCCUGCACCAGCUGCUGACCGACCAGGACAUCGGCUUCACCAUGGAUGAGGUCGACUCGCUGCUUUCCACAUACGCAGGGAAGGCCCUGGACUUCCCAUACUCUCUGAGGGAGAAACGAUCAGAUUCUGUGAUUCACCUCCAGGAAAUUGUCCAUCAGGCUUCAGACCCUGAAACUCUGUCUAGAUCAUCGUCAGCAGAGUUCUCUCCUGCUACUGCUCCUGCUGUCUCCAUUGUGCGUUCCCCGAGUCCGAGGGAGAGGAGCCUUCCACAGAGUCAGCCUGCACUGGAAUUUGUGCCCCCAGCAGUGCCCCCUGCCAGGCACCAGUGGGUACCAGAUGACACUGAGAGCACCUGCAUGGUCUGCCACAGGGAGCACUUCACCAUGUUUAACAGGCGGCACCACUGCCGCCGCUGUGGCCGGCUCGUGUGCAGCUCCUGCUCCACUAAGAAGAUGGUGGUGGAAGGUUGCAGAGAGAACCCCGCCCGCGUGUGUGACCAGUGCUACAGCUACUUCCACAAAGACGCACCAGAAGAGAAUCCAGGCCAAUCCGAAGCACCAGACAGCUCCACGAGUGAAAGCCCACCAUACUCGGCUGUGGUGAGGGUCCCCAAGGCAGCUGAGGUGGAGUGGAUUCUGAAUCUGAGUGAAGAGGAAAACGAGCUGGUGCGGAGUGAAUUUUACUAUGAGCAGGCCCCCAGCGCCUCCCUGUGCAUUGCCAUCCUGAACCUGCACCGGGACAGCAUCGCGUGCGGUCACCAGCUGAUUGAGCACUGCUGCAGACUGUCCAAGGGUCUCAGCAACCCAGAAGUGGACGCGGGGCUGCUCACAGACAUCAUGAAGCAGCUGCUCUUCAGUGCCAAGAUGAUGUUCGUCAAGGCCGGCCGGAGCCAGGACUUGGCCCUGUGUGACAGCUACAUCAGCAAGGUUGACGUGCUCAGUAUCUUAGUUGCUGCUGCCUAUCGCUACGUGCCAUCUCUGGAGCAGAUCUUGCAGCCGGCUGCGGUAACCAGGCUAAGGAACCAGCUUCUGGAGGCUGAGUACUACCAACUGGGCGUUGAGGUCUCCACAAAAACAGGGCUUGAUUCCACGGGAGCGUGGCAUGCCUGGGGCAUGGCAUGCCUCAAAGCCGGGAACCUCGCCGCUGCACGGGAGAAGUUCAGUCGCUGUCUGAAGCCCCCUUUUGACCUCAAUCAGCUGAGUCAUGGCUCAAGGCUGGUACAGGAUGUGGUUGAGUACCUGGAGUCCACAGUGAGGCCACUCAUAGCCCUGCAAGACGACGACUACUUUGCCACCUUGAGGGAGCUGGAGGCCACCCUUCGGACCCAGAGCCUCUCCCUGGAGGUGAUUCCUGAGGGGAAGCUCAUGAACAACACCUACUACCAAGAAUGCCUCUUCUACCUGCACAACUACAGCACCCACCUGGCCAUCAUCAGCUUCUACAUGAGGCACAGCUGCCUGCGAGAAGCCCUGUUGCACCUGCUCAACAAGGAGAGUCCUCCGGAAGUCUUCAUAGAAGGCAUUUUCCAGCCAAGCUAUAAGAGUGGGAAACUGCACACUUUGGAAAACUUGCUGGAAUCCAUCGAUCCGACGCUGGAGAGCUGGGGAAAGUACUUGAUCGCUGCCUGCCAGCAUUUGCAGAAGAAGAACUACUAUCACAUUCUGUAUGAGCUGCAGCAGUUUAUGAAGGACCAAGUCCGGGCUGCCAUGACCUGCAUCCGGUUCUUCAGUCACAAAGCAAAGUCAUACACGGAACUGGGAGAGAAGCUCUCGUGGCUGCUGAAGGCCAAGGACCACCUGAAGAUCUACCUCCAAGAAACAUCCCGCGGCCCUGGGAGGAAGAAAACGACCUUCUUCCGAAAGAAGAUGACGGCAGCUGAUGUGUCCAGGCACAUGAAUACACUUCAGCUGCAGAUGGAGGUGACCAGGUUCUUACAUCGGUGCGAAAGCGCAGGGACCUCUGAAGUCACCACUUGGCCUCUGCCAACCCUGUUUGGAAAUAACCACAUGAAGAUGGACGUUGCCUGCAAGGUCAUGCUCGGGGGGAAAAAUGUGGAAGAUGGCUUUGGAAUCGCAUUCCGUGUUCUGCAGGACUUCCAGCUGGAUGCUGCCGCCACCUACUGCAGGGCUGCCCGGCAGCUGGUGGAGAAGGAGAAGUACAGCGAGAUCCGGCAGCUGCUCAAGUGUGUCAGCGAGUCGGGCAUGGCGGCCAAGAGUGACGGGGACACCAUCCUCCUCAACUGCCUGGACGCGUUCCGGAGAAUUCCGCCCCAGGAGCUGGAGGGCCUGAUCCAGGCAAUACAUAAUGAUGACAACAAGGUCCAGGCCUACCUGACGUGUUGCAAGCUGCGUUCUGCCUACCUGAUUGCUGUGAAACAGGAGCACUCACGGGCCACGACGCUCGUCCAGCAGGUGCAGCAGGCUGCCAAGAGCAGCGGGGACGCGGUCGUGCAGGACAUCUGUGCCCAGUGGCUUCUGACAAGCCACACCCGCGGUGCCCACGGCUCAGGCUCCAGGAAGUGACCAUGAGCCAGCAGGGCCAGGAAAACGUAGCCGGGGAAUUGUGGCCACAAGAGUGGGGGUUGACGCCCCCCACUGCCAUCCUCCAGCGGACUGGGACUUCUCCGGCUCUGCCCGAGAUGGGAAAGAGCUGGGUCGGGGCCUGCCUGCCUUCUCGGGCAAGGACAGGACCUUUCACGCAAGUGCCAUGUUUCCGUAGCAUUGUGGACUCUGUGUGUCAGGCUGGAGAUGGCUACUUCCUUCUACCUCAGAGUGAGUGUGUGCACACACGUGUGUACAUGCACCUGCGCACUCGUGUUUACGCCCAAGCGUGUCUGAACAAAUGAAACCCUGCCCCAUUGAAGAGAGGCACUUUACUUUAGGCUCUGGCCGGUCUGACCCCAGCCCCUGCGUUUUGGUUCUUAACCCGGGUCGUCCUGUUUGUACACAGCCCCCUCCGCGUGGAGACGCUUUAGUGGCUCCUCUUAGCAUAGCGCAACACCACAAAGAUUGCCUCUUGUCCCUUCUUUCACUGGCCCAAGUUCAGACAUGGCUUUGGGCAUGUGCCACCUGUGGAGUAGCGCCAUUUGCCAGCAGUCUCCUCUCACGGGCACUAGGGGUCAAGCCGAGAGGCUCUGCCAGGUUGGCUGAUUGGGAGAGUUUUCAGGGGAUGGCGUCUGAAAGCCAAGGCUGCGUGUGCACACGAUCAGGUCUGGGAGGCAGACCCGUGGGCAGGACGAUCCCCAGAGGGGAGCGGAGUGAAGAGUGAGCCUCUCCAGCAGGUGUGCAGCGGCGUGGCGCACAGCACGGAGCUGGCCCUCAGUAAUGGCCCUGCCGUAGUGCUGUGGGGAGAGAAGGCACAGCUCCCUCUGGGAGGGUGCAGGGAGUGGAAAGGCAGCCAGGGUCCCGCGACUGAAAGGCUAGACCUUGCCUGCUGGAGCUCCAGCCCUGGUGGUGCCCUUCAGUUCGUUAGGAAACUGACUGUUCCUCAUCUUACCUGCUUCCCUUCAGUUUUUUUUUUUUUUUUUUUUUUUUUUUGACCCUGGGAGAAAUACGCAGAUGCCCACACUGAGGCAGUGGGAAGGCACAGCACAUCUUUGCUCUGUCUGAGCUGUAAGAUUCAGGCAUUCGGCUCAGAAUCGGGCUCAUAGGAAGGAGUCAGAAAGGGGCCAAUGACCUGGUCGCAUCCAGCUGGCAAGAAUUCUACAAGCAAGGGUGCUCCUGUGAUGCGUUGGCUUGUCUCCCCGCCCAGGGUGGGACAGUGUUUGAGAAAGGGUCUGUCACACUCAGUGCUGUGGAUUUGCAGCUGAGCUGAGCAGCCUGGGCCUCCCACCAGCCGGAGCUCAGCCUGUUGAUCUCCACUCUGAUGCUGAGACAAGCGGGGACUGAAGCUGAAGUCACUGUUCCUGGUGCUUAGAAACCCUGUGGAUUUCCCACUGAACCAAGAGUUUUAGGAGUAAAAUGAGCAACUACUGUGGACAGCUGUCACAUUAAAAGUUUGGGCCCUAUUAGGAGAAAGGCUGUAAGGAAAAUUCUAGAUCCCUUUGGGGUGGAGCUUAACAAGCAGCUUUCCCUUCCUUGGGCCACAGAACGCAUCCACUCCCCAGGCAGCAGCCUGCCCUCCUCAGUCUGCCUUUUUUGCACUGAACAUAAGCACUUUAUGAAUGAGUUGCAACUCUUGCAGCCCUUAAUUUGGGAUAUUAAGACCAGAUUUUUUUUUUUCUGACUUUUUUCUCUGUUUGAGCUAUGAAAUGGGCAACCAUUGGCCAGACUGACAUAAGAUGAGACAAUAGAACUUUGAGCAUUAUGCUGUGGCCUCCAGCAAACAACAGCAACACCAAAUCCACUGUACAUGUUGAGGCGUUCAAUGUCUUACAAGCAAGUCACAAUAAAAUGUCCUACAAGUUUCCCGGC